AUGAACAACAUCCAAGGUAAUAAUAAUUAUAUGGAUCUAAGAUUAUUGUGUUUUUGCACGACCAGCAACGUUUCUUCCCCAUGCUUAUUAAUGAAUAUUAUUUUUUUUUUUUUGCUAAAUCCAUACCAUCAACACCAAUUGAUUCUUCUACCAGAACAUCUUCCACACCAUAGUAAAAUGUUUAAACGACUUCCAAAGACACAGUCAUUCACAUCAGCAAUAUCGCAGAAGGGAUUCUCAUGGGUGUUCCCAACAGAAAGAGAAGAGUAUCAAUUUCUUAUCGCCAACCCCAAGGCAAUGCAAGAUUUAGGAUUAAAUGAAGAAGAAUCAGAAGAUCCUGAAUUUCAACUGAUUGUAAGUGGUGAAUAUUAUAAUGAUAAAACCACAUAUAUUAAAGAAAAUUUCCCCAAGCCUUAUUCACAAGCAUAUGCUGGAUGGCAAUUUGGACAAUUUGCUGGACAAUUAGGUGAUGGUAGAGUAAUUAAUUUAUUUGAAAUUCCUAAAUCUACACCAGAUGGACAAAAUCGUAACUUUUAUGAACUUCAGAUAAAAGGAGCUGGAUUGACUCCAUAUUCAAGAUUUGCUGAUGGUAAAGCAGUAUUAAGAUCGUCUAUUCGAGAAUAUAUCAUAUCUGAACAUUUAAAUGCAAUUGGAAUUCCAUCUACUAGAGCACUCGCUUUAACUUAUUUACCAAGUACGUUGGCUCAACGACAUGGUGCUGAGAGAUGUGCCAUUGUGGCUAGAUUCGCGGAAAGUUGGGUUCGUUUGGGAACAUUUGAUUUAUACAGGUGGAGAGGUGAUCGUCAGGGAGUUAAGCUAUUGGCAGAUUACGUCAUCAAUGAAUUAUUUACAAUAAACGGAGUUAAGUUUCAAAACUUUGAAAGAAUAGUAAACACCAAACCGGAGUUGUUGAAAGAUAACGGCGUCAAGUUGGAGGAUCUUACAGAAUACGACAAGAUGUAUUAUGAGAGUAUUGUAAGGAAUGCUGAGACCACUGCUAUUUGUCAGAGUUAUGGGUUCUUGAAUGGGGUAUUGAAUACGGAUAAUACGUCUAUCUUGGGACUUGCGAUUGAUUUUGGGCCGUUUUCAAUCAUGGAUAAGUUUGACCCCAACUACACGCCAAACUCCGAGGACCACCAGACGAGAUACGGAUAUAGGAAUGUUCCAUCUGCUAUUUGGUGGAACUUGACUAGACUAGGUGAGGACUUGGCCGAAUUGAUUGGUGCAGGCAAGGAGUUGCUUUCCAAUCCCGAAUUCGAAGAAGCAGUUAAAGAGGAAUGGGAAGAUGGGAUUAUUAAACGAGCAACUAAGAUAAUCGAAACAGGUGGGGAUAUUUAUCAAUAUGCGUAUACUAAGAAAUACGUGGAGAUGUUCUUCAACAGACUUGGAUUGCCACACGAGUUGAUUGAUGCCAAGAAUCCAGAUUUACAGAUGACGGAUGUUAUUCAGCCAAUGUUGGAUGUAUUGUUUAAGAUUCAAACUGAUUUCAAUCUUUUCUUUUUGCAAUUGCAGAACAUUGAUUUUGAGUCUGGAACGGUAAAUUAUGUUGAAAUUGCAGAACGAGAAUUCUUAGCCAACUUUGAAUUUAAUACAUUUCGACACCAUAAGGAGGAUUUGUUGAAAGUCAUAAGUGAGUGGCUUAUUGUUUAUCAUGAAAUGCUUGAAAAAACCAAACAAUACAAGACAACAACGCCAAACCCAGCCAUGUACAAUCCUAAAUUCUUACCUCGGAACUGGAUCUUGGAUCAGGUGAUUGAUCAGACUCUGAGUUCAAGAGGAGCUGAAACAAGUUAUCUUGAGAAGUUGCAGAAAAUGAGUUCCAAUCCAUUUGAUGAAUCUAAAUGGGGCGAUGAAUUGAAGGAAUUGGAAAAAUCGUGGUUACUACAAGGUAAUAAAGGUGACGAGUUUGCCAUGUUACAAUGUGGAUGUUCAAGUUAG